UUACACACGUUCGUAGUUUCAUUGUAUUUAAGCGCAUCUUUAACAAUAGUUACCGGGGAACCGCCACACUUUCGUAUACUCGCACCAGAAUUUGUGUGUCCAAAAGAAGGUGACACGGAGCCGACGGAUAUUGACAACACCAUUAUUACCCUCCGAACUCCCGCGGAUGCCAAGCUGGACAUGCGCUGGUCGGUACGCUGGACGCCUCUUCCAGAAUUGUCACAGCGGUUUACCCUCAUGCUGUGGCGAGCGACGCGGGAGUUGGAGAAGAAAUUAAACGGACCGCAAAAGGAACCUUACGUCUACGUCAUAGAAAACGAUGAGCUCCUUAGCGGCGUCGACUACAAAUUCAACGUGACAGCAUCAAACUCAGACGGUGAAGAAACCACCAAGACCUUCCACAUCAACAACGUGAAAGGCGACCAGCUGCUGGAGAACCUGGAGGGACGGACGGACAUGCUGUCCAUCAUAUUGGUCGGUGGAGAGGAGACGUAUGCUGAUGUCGAGUUUAUGAUGGAUGCGCUGGUCACUACUUGUCAUCCAACGCAGGAUUAUUAUUUCGAAUGGUCAGCUGAAAGCGCGGGUCACAAAAUAGCCGCAUCGCCGGGCGGCCGAAUGGAGUUGCCCGCAUAUUCGCUCAGAGCCGGCCUGACCUACCUCGUCACGUGUCGGGUUGUGAGCUCGGCCGGGGAACUCAUUACUCAGAACAGUCUGCCCCUCACGGUUCUGCAGCGGACGUUUGAGGUGUAUUUAAGCAUAGACUAUUUAGAAAUCAGCGUCAAUACUGCAUUCGCUUUGGAGUCUACUGUACUGAAUCACGACUACUUUGGAGAUUCCUUUUCAUACCAAUGGGCAUGCUCUUACGAAGGAGAAGACUGUAGUUUCUUUGAAAGCAUUGAUAGCGGUACAUUGAAUUUGGAAAGCGGUUUGCCAACUGCAGGAAUGUACAAAAUCACCCUCACCGUAAACAUCCAUAAUGACUUCGCGUCCGUCAGUGCUGUCAUUGUUGCCGUUCAACAUGUUUCACCAGUGAUACAGGUAUUACAGGUGAUACCUAAGUAUGCAGUCAUAUAUUUCUUAGUUCUCGUAGAAGCUACGCCGUAG